GUGACCCUGACGGCCACCCUGGGCACCCUCAACGUGGCGGCGGUGGUGGAGGGGGUGAAGGCGCAGGGCGAGGGGGAGACGUGUCUCUCGCUGUCAGCCACCCAGCUGGACAACCUCAACCGCCAGCUGCAGUUCGUCACCUACACCAACACGCUUUUCCACCCCAACACCGCGGACACAGUGCAGUUUGCCACCGAUGGGCACCAGGCGUCUUUCACCAUCCGAAUCCGCCAUGCGCCCACACCCAAGCUCUAUAACCCAGGUACCCCGGGCGAUGGCGGAGAUUACAACAUCAGCGCCCUGGUCACCAUUGCGACCAAGACCUUCCUGCGGUACGACAAGCUACGGGUGCUGAUCGCCAGCAUCCGCCGCUUCUACCCCACGGUGACCAUCAUCAUCGCGGACGACAGCCAGCACCCCGAGGCCGUGGGGGGCCCCCACAUAGAGCAGUACUUCAUGCCCUUCGGCAAGGGCUGGUUCGCAGGGCGCAAUCUAGCCAUUUCCCAGGUCACCACCAAGUACGUGCUGUGGGUGGACGAUGACUUCAUCUUCACGCCCCGAACCCGGGUGGAGAAGCUGGUGGACGUGCUGGAGAAAACCAGCCUGGACCUGGUGGGGGGCGGAGUGCGGGAGAUCACGGGGGUCACCACCACCUACCGGCAGAAGAUCAGCGUGCAGGCGGGGGGCGAGGAGGGCGACUGCCUGCAGACGCGCCAGGGCUACCACCACCUCCUCGAGGGCUUCCCCGACUGCGUGGUCACCGACGGUGUUGUCAACUUCUUCCUGGCCCGCACGGCCAAGGUGCUGGAGGUGGGGUUUGACCCCCGGCUCAGCCGCGUCGCCCACCUCGAGUUCUUCAUCGACGGGCUGGGCGUGCUGCACGUGGGCUCGUGCGCCGACGUGGUGGUGGAUCACGCCUCCAAGCUCAAGCUGCCCUGGCAGAAAUCGGAAAGCGAGAAGCAGUACGCCAAGUUCCGCUACCCCACCUCGGGCGACAGCAGCGUCAGCGUCAAACACGGCCUCUUCUACUUCAAAAACCGCUUCAAGUGUAUGACGAGCAACUAGCCCCUCUGGGCUACCGGCCUCGCCCUGCCAGCGAGCCGGACCCCAGGGAGAGCCCCAUUCCCCCCCGCCCCAUGGAGCUGGGGCUUUUUAUCCUUGUACCAGGCCAGGGAGGUGACCCCUGCUACCCCAGCUCUCCGGUGCCUCCAGACCCAGCGCCAUCCCUAUGCCCUGCUGUGUCCAUGGGGGGCGGAAGGCUCCCCCACUUUCCCAGCAGGCCCUAGGGGAAGCCAGAGUGGCACAGUAGGAUACUGGGAAAUUCCCUGGACCACAGGAUGGGGGGUGAGGGCUGGCUGGGAAGAGCUUACAGCAUCCCAGUGGCCAAGCCCCCACCUUCCCCGGGAGAUGCUGUUUUAUACUACAGACCUGUCCCCCUUCACUGCCAGAUUUCUCCAACGCCCCCCCGCAGGAGAGAACCGGCACAGCCCCCGCCCCUCCCAGCUGCCCCAGGACAAGCACCAGGGCCCCAUUUUAUUUUGUGCCAAGUGGUUAUAGCCAGUCCACCCCCAUUGCCAUCCCUGGGAGAUUGCCAACGUCAAGUGCCAAAGACUGCAGGGGUGGGGGGGCAGCCCCUUGAGCAAGGGGAAGGGCUGACGCCCAUGGCUGGGUUGGGGGGCACGGCCAUGGGGGGAGGGGGGGACUAGUCAUUCCCAGUGUCGGCCGGUGGCUGAGAUCUCUUUUGGAGCGUGGGGACUCUUUCUACCCAGAAUCCAAGAGCGUGGGCACAAGGCGAAGGGCCAGCCCCAGCCCCACACUGCUCAGAGAAGGCCCCAUGACCAGAGCGUUGGACGAGGCAGAGGGUUCUGGCUUUUAAUCUAGGAUAGUGGGGGGCAGGAGCUGGCUGGUCGCUGUGGGAACUGGAGGCAGAACGCUGGGACCGUUUGUGUCGCGCCCGCGGAGCCGGGCACUGCCAGGAGACCCAGGGCUGGCAGAUGGCAUGCUUGAGCUGCCAUCCCCAGCUGCUGUUUUCUACAGGGAGAGAGAGGUGAGGUUUUAAGGGAAAAAAAGAUGUUUUUUAUUU